CCAGCGGUCAGCAGCUGCAGGGACCGGACCCUCAGACCAACCGGGCCUCAUUAGACCUGAACCCAGCAGAGAAUCCUGGACUCAAGGCUGAACAGAAGACUCGCAUGGACCUGCAGAUGUCUACAGCACUACAUGGAGAGGCGUGCUGUCAGAACACCCUGAAGUCCAUCAUGAAGAAGAAAGAUGGACGAGGCGACCCGACCAGCACCAAGAAGAACCUGCAGUUUGUUGGAGUGAAUGGAGGAUAUGAAACUACAUCCAGUGACGACUCCAGCUCUGAGGACAGCAGCUCCUCGGGGUCCGAGGACGACCAGAAGGAGGAGGAGGAGGAGGAGGAGGAGUGUGGAAGGAGCGUCAGGGAGGAGUUCCAAAACAAAGGAGCAGAGGAUGUGAAGACGAAGGAUGAAGAGGAAAGUUUACAGGAUGAGAAGAGAGAGAGGUGAGAAUAUAAACUUCAUGGAUCUGUUACUAAACCACAGAUCUGUGCAGACUCUGGACUUUACCCUGUGAACAAGAACUUCUGUUUGUGGAACAAAAACACAGACCUGAAUAAAUCUAAUCAGUCUGUCCUCACGCUGCAUCAAACAAAGAUAAAUAAAUGAAAUAGGCUCAUGCUUUUAGACACAUCACCAAACAUCUGGACUCCAAACAG